AUGUCCAUCUCGUGGGAGGCGCAUCACAAAUUUCCAAUUGAUGAAAAAUGUGUUUCUACACCAAGUCAGAAGAGUGCGAUGGUAAGAAAAGAUGGGAAGGAACUAACCUCUCAAACUUUAGCGAUGAAGAUGUGGUCAAACUCCCCCCGUGAAGAAGGACAGCAGCAGCCUUGUGUAGUGAGACACGGGCUUGAAGGCUGCUACUAUGGGGAGGGGUUGUCCCCCUCCCACAACGUUGAUGAAGUGAUUCUGUGGGUGAUGGCCGAGCAACAAUGGGCAGAGGGCAGAGCGAGGGCUUGGAGGCGAGGCCGAGAGGCGGGAGAGCGAGCCAAUAAGCUUGGCCUCGAAGGUUCUAGAUUACAAUUGUUGGCUACCAAGGUGAUGCAUGGAUAUCUGAUUCACGGUGGUGGUUGUGUGGUGGUGGUGGUGCUUGGCUCGACGGCCAGACCAACCCGUUCCCCUGAAUCGAGCCACCAUGGUAUUGCUCAACAACCACAAUGCCAAACCAAAAUGUAA